UCAGUGGGUACUCCGAUUCCAGGGCCGGGAACCUGCGCCAUUUUAAAAAAAAAUAAAACUUCUCAGUUGCACCAGCAAAACUGGUUAAAGAUCCAUCAAUCAAAAACAACAUGAACAAACCAUCGGAUCGCUAAGACGACAAUGCCAUGGGUACCACCAGGCGCCGGACGUCAACAUGGACACCCCUGAAACACGUGGACGUUCAUGCAAGACCUGCGGGCAUUGAAGAAGACAUGGAACGACGCAGAGAGCCUGGCCGGAGACGGAAACGUUGGCGAGAACUUCCAGCCCGAUAUGCUGCGUAGCAUGGGAGGAUCUAAGUCUACAUAAGUAAGAUUAUGUAUAUAUUUUAUUGUCUAUUUUACUUUGAACUGCACUCUUUUCUUCUCAUUUUCUUCGGACCUUUAUAGUAUUUUUACUUUUGUUUUAUUCUGUAGUAGCUUGUCUUGUUGCGUUGUCACUGUGACACACUGUCUGUGGUUUUGGUAUGGACGCUUUUCUGCGGUUGUAAAGAGUUGUUAUUUGAGUUUCUGUAGCAGUUCGAACCAGUCUGGUCAUUCUCAGCAACAAGAUGUACUCGUCAGCAGAUGUGGAAGUUUUUUUGUUUGUUUGUUUGUUUUGUUUCUGGACGCCUCUCUGUGCAAACUCUCCAGACUGUUGGGAGUGAAAAUUUCAGGAGAUCAGCAGUUUCUGAAAUACUUGCACCAAGAACCAGGUCCCCCACGCCCGAUCCCCCCCCCCCCCCCCCCCAUCAUUAUGAAGUUUGAUGUGGACAUGAAUGAUUUUAUGCCCUGCACUGCUGACACGUGAUUGGCUGAUUGGAUAAUUGCGUGAUUAUCAAAUGCAUAAUCAUCAUUUGCAUGCCUCUCCACGGAGCAAUUAACGCACGGUACAUCUACUCACUCGGUAAUUAAUUCACGUGCAUCCACUCUUCCUCCUCCUCCUCCCUCUUCCUCCUCCUCCACCUCCUCCUGUCCGGUCGGCGCCAUCGCUCUGAUCGGGAGUGCAUCCAUCUCCCAGCGCGCGCGCGACGCCGCCGCUGCCGCCGCCACUCCCGUUAGUGCGGUUAGUGCGCGCGACACAGCGACUACACCAACCAAGACGAGACAGGACGAGUCGAGAAGGAGGCAGAAGCAGCGACCGAGACGGAAGCAGGAUGCGCGCGCUGCUCGGCGUCCCGACUCCCAUCUUCCUCCUCGUCGUGUACGGAUUGUGUCCCUCUAUGACGAUCGGGCCGAAGGAGGGCUGGCAGGUGUACAGUUCAGCUCAGGAUGCAGACGGUCGCUGUAUCUGCACUGUAGUGGCUCCGGAGCAGAACCUCUGUUCCAGAGAUGCCAAGAGUAGACAGUUACGCCAGCUACUGGAGAAGGUCCAGAACAUGUCGCAGUCGAUUGAAGUGCUGAAUCUGCGCACUCAGCGGGAUUUCCAGUACGUCAUGAAGAUGGAGAACCAGAUGAAGGGGCUCAGGACAAAGUUCAGACAGAUCGAGGAAGACCGCAAGACCGUCAUGGCCAGAAACUUCAAGGAGCUGAAGGAUCGAAUGGAUGAGCUGCAACCUCUGAUCCCUGUGCUGGAGCAAUACAAAACAGACACUAAGCUCAUCUCGCAGUUCAAAGAGGAGAUCAGGAACCUGUCGGCGGUGCUGACGGGGAUCCAGGACGAGCUGGGGGCGUAUGAUUAUGACGAGCUUUACCACCGAGUGAUGAGCCUCGAGAGCCGUCUGCGCAGCUGCAUGAGUAAACUUACGUGCGGCAAAUUAAUGAAAAUCACAGGACCCGUGACCAUAAAAACGUCAGGCACGCGGUUCGGUGCAUGGAUGACCGACCCAAUGGCAUCUCCAAGAAACAACAGAGUCUGGUACAUGGACACAUACACCAACAGCAAGGUGGUGCGAGAGUACAAAUCCAUGGCAGAUUUUGUCUCGGGUCAAGAGUCUCGAACGUACUACCUUCCAUUUAAGUGGGCGGGGACCAAUCACGUUGUGUAUAAUGGAUCGCUAUACUACAACAAAGAGCAAAGCAACAUUGUGGUCAGGUACAGCUUUGAGACAGGCCGUGUGCUGGCUCAGCGGGCACUCGAGUACGCUGGCUUCCACAACGUCUACCCGUACACCUGGGGAGGCUUCUCAGACAUUGAUCUAAUGGCUGAUGAGAUGGGGCUGUGGGCUGUCUAUGCCACUAACCAGAAUGCAGGCAAUGUAGUGAUUUCUCGCUUGGAGGCUGAGACGCUGGAGCCGCUUAGCACUUGGAACACAGAGUACUCAAAACGCAAUGCUGGCGAGUCGUUCAUGAUCUGUGGAACACUCUAUGUUACCAACUCACACCUUACUGGGGCAAAGGUCUACUACUCCUAUGACACAAAGACGUCCAGCUACGAGUAUGUGGACAUCCCCUUUCACAACCCAUACUUCCACAUCUCCAUGCUCGACUACAACGCUCGGGAGAGAGCGCUCUAUGCCUGGAACAAUGGCCACCAGGUUAUCUUCAAUGUCACACUCUACCAUGUCAUCAAAACUGAAGACGAUUCAUAAAAACACAACAGAGAAUCUCAGUGCCAGAUUUUUCCUAUUUGCCUGGAACGAUGGCCAUCUUCAAUGUCAUGUUCUACCAUGUUAUUCAUAAAGAGACAAGUGGUAAGGAUAGGGUGGAGGUGCUGCAGGGCUACAACACAAUGCUCUUAUUUGCCUGGAACAGGAUCCACCAGGUCAUCUUCAACAUCAUGCGCUACCACAUUAUCAGAAUCAACACAACAGACGAAGGGGCCAGUGGCUAUGACAUGAUUUUCUUAGGGCCAUUUUCAAACUUGCUCAUCAAAAAACCAAGGACAGCAUAGAAAACGGAUUUAUAAACACAGAGAAGAAGAGUCCAGUGGCUGUCACAGGCUUUUCUUGUUCACCUGGAACUACAGCCACCAGGUCUUCAAUGUCACAACCUACCACGUCAUCUAAAAUGAGCAUGAUUCUUGAAGAGUCCAGUGGCUAUGACACCAUUUUCUCACUCUGCCUCAUCAUCGAAAUUGAUUGCAGCUUCUCAAACUUCAGCAAUCACCCUAUUUCAUUCAGAAACACUGGGUGUGGGGCAGGAAUACACCCUGGGUGGACUUCCAGUCCAUUGCAGGGCACCAUGCACACACGUUCACACCUCGGGGGAAAUUAACAUAGCCAACCGGAGAACCUGAAAGAAAAUAAAAGAGAGAACAUGUGAAAAUCCACAUGAGGACAACUCAUAAAGACAAUUUGCAAGAAGAUUGGUGUCUACAAUAUGAGCAAGGGUCUUCAAAUUUACACUCCACCACAUCAUUUAAACUGAAGACUGAAGUUUUUAGCUCCAUGAUUUUGUUGUUCACCUAGAUCAGGGGUCAUCAACCGGCAGACCAUGGUCCAGAUGCAGAAA